UCGGCGCUUCAGAGCCCAGUGCAAGUGGGGGCAGGGGGCUGGUUAGUUAGCUGCUUAGUUCAAGCUUCUUGCUCCUGGACUCGGAUUUCUGCUGACAGCCCCAAUCCAGCUGGCGGGACUGGAUCUGGGGUGUGCACCAGGGUUGGACCACUGCCCAGUGCUGCGCUCUCAGGCCUGCUGGGAGGGGCACCGGGACCCUGCUGGACGCAGGCUAACCGCCUGGGUUAACCGCUGAGGCUGACCGCUAAGGGAGUUGCCCUGGCACCUCAGAUCCUGGCUGGGAAAGGCAAGUCCGGCCAGUGGGGGCAGGGCCAGGGCUCCUGGAAUCUGGAUCUGCAGGCCGAGUUGGAGGCGCUCCAUUCCCAUGUCACCUGGAGAAAAACUAGACCCACUUCCUGACCCUUUCAUCCUGCAGCCGCCCAUCUUCCACCCGGUGGUUCCUUAUGUCGCAACAAUUUUCGGUGGCCUGCGUGCGGGCAAGAUGGUCAUGCUACAGGGAGUGGUCCCUCUAGAGGCACGCAGGUUCCAGGUAGACUUCCAGUGCGGCUGCAGCGUGCACCCCCGGCCGGAUAUCGCCGUCCACUUCAACCCUCGCUUCCACACCACCAAGCCCCACGUCAUCUGCAACACCCUGCACUUGGGGCGCUGGGAGGCCGAGGCCCGGUGGCCCCGCGUGCCCCUGCAGAGAGGAGCCCCUUUCCGCCUCCUUUUUCUCUUUGGAAACGAGGAAAUGAAGGUGAGUGUGAAUGGACAACACUUUCUCCACUACCGCUACCGGCUCCCGCUGUCCCGUGUAGACACCCUGGGCAUAUUUGGUGACAUCCUGGUGGAGGCUAUUGGAUUCCUGAACAUCAGCCCGUUUGCGGAGGGCGGCAGCGAGUACCCAGUUGGAUACCCCUUCCUGCUGAAGAGCCCCAGCCUGUAUCUGAGAUUCUUCUGUGCCAGGCCCGGUGCCAGGCUCCAGAACAGAGGGACCAGCCAGUCCCAGCCCUCCAGUGGCUCACAGGCUGAUGGAGAGACAGACCAACAAACAGGCCAUGACAGUCCAGGAUGCACCAACGGGGGACAUAUUGUUGCUCAUGGCCCCCGGGAAGAGGGGGCGACCACGAAGCUCAGCCCUGAAAGGCCAGGGAGAGCCGAGGCCUGCGGUAGAUGUUCGAUAAAUGAGGAUAGAGGUGCCCUGCUCGUGUGCCCUUCCCCGGGGUCUCUGGCCCGGACAGGUCAUCGUGCUGCGGGGGCUGGUCUUGCCGGAGCCCAAGGACUUCACACUGAGCCUGCGGGACGAGGCCGCUCACGUGCCCGUGAUGCUCCGGGCUUCCUUCGCAGACAGAACUCUGGCCUGGAUCUCGCGCUGGGGGUGCAAGAAGCUGAUCUCAGCCCCCUUCCUCUUCUAUCCACAGCGAUUCUUCGAGGUGCUGCUCCUGUGCCAGCAGGAAGGGCUGAAGCUGGCACUCAAUGGGCAGGGCCUGGGCGCCACCAGCCUCCCGCGGCAGACCCUGGAGCGACUGCGGGAGCUCCGGGUCAGUGGCAGUGUCCAGCUCUACUGCAUCCACUGCUGAGGAGUGAGCCGGGGACCCCGCCAGGGAAGGGGAGGGCCAUGCCCGGCACCCCUUGGUGUAGCUCAGCUCUCCACCCUUCCUUGAACCGGGUGCCUGUCACCACCACCAGAGUCUGCAGGGGCUUUGGGUCCCACAGCACAGGGAAGGCUCCUCCAACUCGGGGCCCCCUCCCCCAGGAGCCUGGGACUUGGUUCUCUCCUCCUGCAGGCCCUAGACAGGGGGGAACGGGAGCAGCCUCAUAAGGACACUCAAAGGUACAGUGGCUAAGGGACACCCGGGUGGCUCCGUCAGUGAAGCAUCCAACUCUUGAUUUCAG